GCAGAUAAUGCUCAGAGACGCUCCGGCGCCCACCCUGGCAAGCUAAAGAGGCAGCUCUUUCCGCCCCAACCUCUUGGUCUAACUUUGGAGCGCUUUGCCUGCUACUUCUUCCAGGUUUGAAAGGAACCGAGGAGUCAGAGGCUCGCGAUCCCCUGCAGUCAGCGCCCUCCUUACUCAGGGACGCGCUGUGCCCGGGUCCUUCCCGGACAGGGCUGUGUGUUUGCGUUGGAGUGUGAAGACUGGAGGCGGCUGCGGAGGCCGACCGUCCUGCUGGACUCAUAUCUCCUAGGGAACUUCACACUGGAGAGCCAAAAGGAGUGGAAGAGCCUGUCUUGGAGAUUUUCCCGGGGAAAUCCUGAGGUCAUUCAUUAUGAAGUGUACCGUGCAGGAGUGGCUGAGAGUAACCACAGUGCUAUUCAUGGCUAGAGCAAUUCCAGCCAUGGUGGUUCCUAAUGCCACUUUGUUGGAGAAACUGUUGGAAAAAUACAUGGAUGAGGAUGGUGAGUGGUGGACAGCCAAGCAAAGAGGCAAAAGGGCCAUCACAGACAAUGACAUGCAGAGUAUCUUGGACCUUCAUAAUAAAUUACGAAGUCAGGUGUACCCAACAGCUUCAAAUAUGGAGUAUAUGACCUGGGAUGUAGAGCUGGAAAGAUCUGCAGAAUCCUGGGCUGAAACUUGUUUGUGGGAGCAUGGACCUGCAAGUCUGCUUCCAUCCAUUGGACAAAAUUUGGGAGCACAUUGGGGAAGAUAUAGACCCCCAACAUUUCAUGUGCAAGCGUGGUAUGAUGAAGUGAGAGACUUUAGCUACCCUUAUGAACAUGAAUGCAACCCAUAUUGUCCAUUCAGAUGUUCUGGUCCUGUAUGUACUCAUUACACACAGGUGGUUUGGGCAACAAGUAACAGAAUAGGCUGUGCCAUUAACUUGUGCCACAACAUGAACAUCUGGGGGCAGAUAUGGCCCAAAGCUGUCUACUUGGUGUGCAAUUAUUCCCCAAAGGGAAACUGGUGGGGCCAUGCCCCUUACAAACAUGGACGACCCUGUUCUGCUUGCCCACCUAGUUUUGGAGGGGGCUGUAGAGAAAAUCUGUGCUACAAAGAAGGGUCAGACAGCUAUUAUCCUCCUCGAGAAGAAGAAACCAAUGAGAUUGAGCGGCAGCAGGCACAAGUACGUGACACUCAUGUCCGGACACGAUCCGAUGACAGCAACAGAAAUGAAGUCAUCAGCACACAGCAAAUGUCCCAAAUUGUUUCUUGUGAAGUAAGAUUACGAGACCAGUGCAAAGGGACAACCUGCAAUAGGUAUGAAUGUCCUGCUGGCUGUUUGGAUAGUAAAGCUAAAGUAAUUGGCAGUGUACACUAUGAAAUGCAAUCUAGCAUCUGUAGAGCUGCAAUUCAUUAUGGUAUCAUAGACAAUGAUGGUGGUUGGGUUGAUAUCACUAGACAAGGAAGAAAACAUUAUUUCAUCAAGUCCAAUAGAAAUGGUGUUCAAACAAUUGGCAAAUAUCAGUCUGCUAAUUCCUUCACAGUCUCUAAAGUAACAGUUCAGGCUGUGACUUGUGAAACUACUGUGGAACAGCUUUGUCCAUUUCAUAAGCCUGCUUCACAUUGCCCAAGAGUAUACUGUCCUCGUAACUGUAUGCAGGCAAAUCCACAUUAUGCUCGUGUAAUUGGAUCUCGAAUUUACUCUGAUCUGUCCAGUAUCUGCAGAGCAGCAGUCCAUGCCGGGGUGGUUCAAAAUCAUGGUGGUUAUGUUGAUGUUAUGCCUGUGGACAAAAGGAAGACUUAUACUGCUUCUUUUCAGAAUGGAAUCUUCUCAGAAAGUUUACAGAAUCCUCCAGGAGGAAAGGCAUUCAGAGUAUUUGCUGUUGUGUGAAAUGGAACACUUGGAAGGGGAUCAUAAAGACCAUUCCAAAUGUCUGAAGUUUGUAUAAAACUGUAACAUUAUUGUACAGAAGAUAGCAGCUAUUUUCAGCCCCCAAAAGUGCCAACUGCAUAUAAAUUGAUAGACAAAAUCUAUAAAAUCUAUAAAAUAAAACAUGGGACAUUAGCUUUGAAAAAAGUAAAGAAUAUGUAAUAGUUUUAGAAAUCCUGUGUUAAAUAUUGCUAUAUUUUCUUAGCAGUUAUUUCUACAGUUAAUUACAUAGUCAUGAUUGUUCUACAUUAUAUAUGUUAUAUUGUAUGGUGCUUUGUAUAUGCCACUAAUAAAACAAAUCUCAAUAUUGAAUGUGAAUGACCCUCAGAAAAUUAUCUGAUGCAUAUAAGAAUAAUCAACUCUAAAAGAAAUCUUUUUAUCACAUUUUCCUCAGCGAUUGUGUUACUUAUACCUAAUCUCAAGUUGUUUUCCACUUAAUACCCGAAUUUUUUUUUCUUUUGUUAAGUUUAGGAAUGUAGAAUAGUAAAUCCUGUUAUUGCACUUGUUAUUUUGUAUAAAAUAACCCUCUAACAUCCAAAUGAAUCUAUUAAAAUGUUGGGUUUCUUGGGAAUGGCUUUAGUAGUAAAUGGAAUAAAGUCAAAGUAGUGGUAUGAAAACAUUUCUAGUGAUCAUGUAGUCAACAUAGGUUAAGCAUGGGCAGCCAUAGCUUCCUGUGCAAUGUUUAAAUUGAGGUCAUGCAUUGUCUUUUGUAUCCUGGCAAAUACUCCUGCAGGCCAGGAAGUAUAAUAGCAAACAUUCUAACAAAGAUGAACUAAUGUAUUGCAUCACCAUUGCCACUGAUCUUCAUAAUGGCAAAUGGCCUUGUGUAUAAAUGUUGUCAUAUUAUGGUACCUAUAGUGGUGAUAUAUUUGUUUCUAUGAAAAAUGUUUUGUGCUUUGAGACUAAAAAUCUGUAAAAUGUUACUUUGGGUAUUUUUUUCUGCUGGUGAAUUUAUUCAUUUCCUAAAACAUAUUAA